CUCAUCAUAAGAACUUGAGAGCUGCCUCGAACACCCAAGAACUGCUCACCUUUCCCCUUUAGAAAAUGGCUGAGCAUGGGGAGUCCUCCGAGGAUCGGAUUUCUGAGAUUGAUUAUGAAUUUCUCGCUGAGCUCUCUGCUCGUUUCGGGAUGAAUCUAGUUCAGCUGGCAAAGAGCCAAGAAGAAGAAGACCAUAAAGAACGGAUGAAAAUGAAGAAAGGUUUUAACUCACAGAUGCGCAGUGAAGCCAAACGACUAAAGACCUUUGAGUCCUAUGACACGUUCAGAUCAUGGACGCCACAGGAGAUGGCAGCUGCUGGGUUUUACCACACAGGGGUGAAACUUGGGGUUCAGUGCUUUUGCUGUAGCUUGAUCCUCUUUGGUAACAGCCUCAGGAAGCUUCCCAUAGAGAGACACAAGAAAUUACGACCAGAAUGUGAGUUCCUUCAGGGAAAAGAUGUUGGUAACAUUGGCAAGUAUGACAUCCGGGUGAAGAGUCCAGAGAAGAUGCUGAGAGGUGGCAAAGCAAGGUACCAUGAAGAGGAGGCCAGACUGGAGUCCUUUGAGGACUGGCCAUUUUAUGCCCAUGGGACAUCACCACGUGCACUGUCAGCAGCUGGCUUUGUCUUUACAGGUAAAAGGGACACUGUGCAGUGUUUCUCCUGUGGCGGAAGCUUGGGCAACUGGGAAGAAGGAGAUGACCCCUGGAAGGAGCAUGCCAAGUGGUUCCCCAAAUGUGAAUUUCUUCAAAGUAAGAAAUCCUCAGAGGAAAUUGCCCAGUAUAUUCAAGACUACGAGGGAUUUGUUCAUGUAACGGGAGAACAUUUUGUGAAGUCCUGGGUCAGAAGAGAAUUACCUAUGGUAUCAGCUUACUGCAAUGACAGUGUCUUCACUAAUGAAGAACUAAGGAUGGACAUGUUUAAGGACUGGCCCCAAGAAUCACCUGUGGGUUUUGAAGCUCUAGUCAGAGCAGGCUUUUUCUACACUGGCAAAAAGGACAUUGUCCGGUGUUUUUCCUGUGGAGGAUGUUUGGAGAAGUGGGCAGAAGGUGACGACCCAAUGGAAGAUCACAUCAAGUUUUUUCCCGAAUGUGUAUUUCUUCAAACCUUGAAGUCCUCUGCAGAAGUAAUUCCAACCCUUCAGAGCCAAUAUGCACUUCCAGAAGCCACGGAAACCACACGUGAAAGCAACCAUGAUGAUGCAGCAGCAGUUCAUUCUACAGUGGUGGACUUGGGUAGGAGUGAAGCUCAGUGGUUUCAAGAGGCCAGGAGUCUGAGUGAGCAGCUGAGAGACACCUACACUAAAACCAGUUUCUGCCACAUGAACUUGCCAGAAGUGUGCUCCAGCCUCGGCACUGACCACUUGCUCGGCUGUGAUGUGUCCAUCAUUUCAAAGCACGUCAGCCAGCCUGUGCAAGGGGCCCUGACGAUCCCAGAGGUCUUCUCCAAUCUCAGCUCUGUCAUGUGUGUGGAGGGGGAAGCUGGAAGUGGAAAGACAACCUUCCUGAAGAGGAUAGCUUUUCUCUGGGCAUCAGGAUGCUGCCCCCUGUUGUACAGGUUCCAGCUGGUCUUCUACCUCUCCCUUAGUUCCAUCACACCAGAUCAGGGACUGGCCAACAUCAUCUGUACCCAACUCCUAGGGGCAGGAGGCUGCAUUAGUGAAGUGUGUCUGAGCAGCAGCAUCCAGCAGUUACAACACCAGGUGCUGUUCCUGUUGGAUGACUACAGUGGGCUGGCCUCACUCCCCCAAGCCCUACACACACUGAUUACAAAAAACUACUUGUUCCGGACCUGCUUAUUGAUCGCUGUUCAUACAAACAGGGUCAGAGACAUCCGCCCAUACCUAGGUACAAGUCUAGAGAUCCAAGAGUUUCCCUUCUAUAAUACUGUCUUUGUGUUACGGAAGUUUUUUUCACAUGACAUAAUCUGUGUGGAAAAGCUUAUAAUUUACUUUAGUGAAAAUAAAGACUUACAGGGAGUUUACAAGACCCCUCUCUUCGUAGCAGCAGUAUGUAAUGACUGGAAUCAAAAUGCAUCUGCCCAGGAUGACUUUCAAGAUGUGACACUUUUCCAUUCCUACAUGCAAUACCUGUCCUUAAAAUACAAAGCUACAGCUGAGUCUCUCCAGGCCACUGUGUCCUCAUGUGGGCAGCUGGCCUUGACAGGGCUUUUCUCAUCGUGCUUUGAGUUCAAUAGUGAUGACCUGGCAGAGGCAGGAGUUGAUGAAGAUGUAAAGCUUACCACCUUCUUGAUGAGCAAAUUCACCGCCCAGAGACUGAGGCCAGUCUACCGAUUUUUAGGUCCUCUGUUCCAGGAGUUUCUUGCUGCCGUGAGGUUGACUGAACUCCUGAGUUCAGAUAGGCAGGAAGACCAAGAUCUUGGACUUUAUUAUUUGAGACAAAUUGACUCACCUCUGAAGGCAAUAAACUCCUUUAACAUAUUUUUGUAUUAUGUCUCCAGCCACUCUUCCUCAAAGGCAGCGCCAACAGUUGUAUCUCAUUUGCUUCAGUUGGUGGAUGAGAAAGAGUCACUGGAGAACAUGUCUGAAAAUGAGGAUUACAUGAAGCUCCAUCCACAAACUUUUCUAUGGUUUCAGUUUGUUAGAGGGUUGUGGCUGGUGUCUCCUGAAUCUUUCUCUUCAUUCGUUUCAGAACAUUUAUUGCGCCUUGCUCUAAUCUUUGCUUAUGAAAGCAACACAGUUGCUGAAUGCUCUCCAUUUAUUUUGCAAUUCCUUCGAGGAAGAACACUGGCUUUAAGAGUACUGAAUUUAGAGUACUUUUGGGACCACCCAGAAAGCCUGUUACUGUUGAGGAGUUUAAAGGUUUCCAUAAAUGGAAAUAAAAUGUCAUCUUAUGUAGAUUAUUCAUUUAAGACAUAUUUUGAAAACUUACAGCCACCAGCUAUAAAUGAGGAGUAUACAUCUGCCUUUGAGCAUGUAAGUGAAUGGAGGAGAAAUUUUGCUCAAGAUGAGGAGAUCAUAAAAAACUAUGAAAAUAUCUGGCCCAGAGCCCUACCAGACAUCAGUGAAGGGUACUGGAAUCUGUCCCCCAAGCCAUGCAAGAUCCCCAAGCUGGAAGUUCAAGUGAACAACAUGGGUCCAGCAGACCAAGCACUGCUCCAGGUCCUCAUGGAAGUCUUCUCAGCUUCACAGAGUAUUGAGUUCCAUUUAUUCAACAGCAGUGGCUUCCUUGAAAGCAUCCGCCCAGCUCUGGAGCUGAGUAAGGCCUCUGUCACCAAGUGUUCCAUGUCCAGGCUGGAGCUCAGCAGAGCAGAACAGGAGUUGCUUCUCACCCUGCCUGCCCUGCAGUCUCUCGAGGUCUCAGAGACAAACCAGUUACCAGAUCAGCUCUUCCAUAACUUGCACAAGUUCCUGGGCCUGAAAGAACUGUGUGUGAGACUAGAUGGCAAACCGGAUGUGCUCUCAGUCCUUCCUGAAGAGUUCCUGAACCUCCAUCACAUGGAGAAGUUAUCCAUCAGAACCUCUACAGAGUCUGACCUCUCCAAACUAGUUAAAUUCAUCCAGAACUUUCCAAAUCUCCAUGUUUUCCAUCUGAAAUGUGAUUUCCUUUCAAAUUGUGAGUCUCUCAUGACUGCGCUUGCUUCCUGCAAGAAACUCAGAGAGAUUGAGUUUUCUGGACAAUGCUUUGAAGCCAUGACCUUUGUCAACAUUUUGCCAAAUUUUGUUUCUCUGAAGAUACUGAGUCUUAAAGGUCAACAAUUUGCAGAUAAGGAAACAUCAGAAAAGUUUGCCCAGGCUCUGGGUUCUCUCAGGAACUUAGAGGAACUGCUUGUUCCCACUGGGGAUGGGAUUCACCAAGUGGCCAAACUGAUUGUCCGGCAGUGUCUGCAGCUUCCGUGCCUCCGAGUUCUCGCCUUUCACGACAUCUUGGACGAUGAAAGUGUGAUUGAAAUUGCCAGGGCGGCAACCAGUGGAAGUUUCCAGAAACUUGAAAACUUAGAUAUUUCAAUGAAUCACAAGAUUACCGAGGAAGGAUACAGAAAUUUCUUUCAAGCCCUGGACAACUUGCCAAACCUACAAAUGCUGAACAUCUGCAGGAAUAUCCCAGGACGCAUUCAAGUUCAGGCCACCACUGUCAAGGCUUUGGGUCACUGUGUGUCCCGACUGCCCAGCCUCACCAGGCUGGGGAUGCUCAGUUGGCUCCUGGAUGAAGAGGACAUGAAAGUGAUUAAUGAUGUGAAGGAAAGACACCCCCAGUCCAAACGCUUGACUAUCUUCUGGAAAUGGAUAGUCCCGUUCUCUCCUGUUGUCCUGGAGUAAAAGAUGCUCCUGAAGGUUUCUGACAGUUCAGAAUACCUAAAACUCCUAAAAUUCUAGCUGAGCAUGAUGAUACACACAUGUACUUCAACAUUUAGGAUAAUGAUGUGGGAGAGUCAAGGUUAAACACAGUCUGAAGUGACAUUUUAACACACUGAUCACACACAGAAAUGAAUAGAAUGAAUUCAUGGAGUAACCCAUUCUUUGCCAUUGUCUUCCCAUAGUUCUGACAGGGUCACUCUUGAAUCUUCCUGCUCUGCUAACAGGCCAAGCACAGGUCAUCAGAUCAUUCCACCUACAGGAGCACAUGCAUGCAUGUGCAAGCACACACACACAUAGACCACACACACACACAUGAAAGCACACAGACACACACAGACCACACACACUCAUGCAAGCAUACAACUGACUUAAAUUUUAACAUCAAAUCCUACUGGUCUCACCUGCAUCCUUUACCUCAAGCUUACUGCAACGACAGCUUCUUCGCUUAUGAAGAGCUAAGUAUGGACACGUUUAAGGACUGGCCCCACGAAUCACCUGCGGGUGUUGAUGCUUUGGUCAGAGCUGGCAUUUUCUACACAGUUGAGUCAGGUUAUUUUCUUUAUGUUUAUGUAUGUGCGUGUUUGCCUAUACGUAUGUGUGCCACAAGUCUGCAUGCUGCCCUCAGAGGCCAGACAGGGUGUUGGAUCUUGGGACUGGAAUUAGUAUUGGCUGUGAACCAUCAUUUGGGUGCUGAAACCAAACCCAACUUUUUUUGUGAGAGCAGUCAGUGCUCUCAGGCUGAGCAUCUCUUUAGAGUCAGUAUUUUGUGUGGACCACAUACUUGAAUCCUCUUGCACCUUCUUUUAGUCUCUAUCAUUUGUCAUAGAUCUCUUUGGGUUUCAUAAGAUCUUCAGUUUCCCAUAGUGCCUUUAGUGUCCAGCCUCUGAACCUGAGGAUUCUGCAGCCACUUCAUGCAACAAACAUAUUCCACUGGCUCAAAUUAUCUUCAUACCACAUCAUCUUAGUGCUUUUAUUUCCUCUUGUCAGCCUUCAAGUCUGUCUCAUAGGUGAUGUUUUCCUAUUUUAAGUCAAAUAUAGCUGGCAAUAAUGUAAGGAGAGACAAGUGAUUCUUCAUAAUCUAGCUUGCAUAGAGACUCUGAACUUUGUUCUUCUGCACCACCCCAGCUAUGAGUAUAUUCUUUCUGAUUUACUCGGUAAGCAAUUGCUUGUUGGUUGCCUAUGACUGUGAAAGUCCAGUAAAUCUAGACAUCUGGAAUUGUUGUUUUGUGAGCUGGCAGGUGUAUGUGAUUUGAACUGACCCCAUUCCUCUUUUAGGCAGAAAAGACAUUGUUCAGUGUUUUUUCUGUGGAGGAUAUAUGGAGAAUUGGGCAGAAGGUGACGACCCAAUACAAGAGCACAACAAGUUUUUUCUCAAGUGAGCAAAAUGACUUCUCUUGACUGUGAAUGUGCUUCAACUGUUAUUCCCUCACUGCCCACGUCUUACCUGUGGAUGGUCUCUGCCCACCCUCUGUUCCCUCUGUGAAGGACACAUCCUAUGUCUUCAUCCCUUGCUCCCAUGACACUCUCCCUUUCUAGAUUUUUUUUCUCUUCAUUGUUUCAUCUUGGUUUUAGUUGGGUCAUCAUACAGAUUUUUAAAGACAGGGUCUCUCUAUGUAGCCCUAACUAUCAUAGAGAUGCUAUCUAAUCCAGGUAGGACUCAAACCCAUGAUCCUCCUGCCUCAGCCACCCAAGUGCUGUUAUUACUGAGGGAUGCCACCAUAUCUGGAAAUCCCAUGCCUUUCUGAUUAUUUUCAUUACAAACUAGUCUUCCUCUUCUCCUCUUUCUGGAAUCCUUUAGUGUUUUCUCUUUCUGCUGUCUGAGACUUCCCAAGUGGUUUUCUUUUCCCAGUGCUGGGGACAGAAGCCCUGACUUGGGCACACUAGGCCAUCCCUUACUAUUGAUUUACGCUUGCCCCCUUUCUGCCCAUCUUCAAGGUUAUUUUCAUUUCUCUUCCACACACAAGACAACUCUAGAAAUGUUCAGUUGCAGAUUUAACGUUGUUAUUUUAUUUAGUAAUUAAAAUCUUCAAAGAUAAAUAUUAAUAUAUGCAGAUGGAAAAUAGGAUAUUUCUGAGCACAGGGGUCUAUGCAGGGAACCCUGACUCUCUGAAACAUGAGGGAGAAAACCAGUUUCUUAUAUAUUAAUGGCUUUAAUAUGAAUUAUACUAAAAUCAAUCUAUUUAAAAAUCCAGCUCUUGUAAUUAAGAAACAAGAGUCUUUUGCUCUGGUAUCCCUUAGAAGGCAUGAAAAUAUGUGAGUGUGUUGAUGUCUGCAGUCUCUGUUCAGCUCUACAGAAGUGUUCUUUGUGCAUCUAGUGCUUACCUAAAAUUCAUGUAAACUGAUGUAAGUCUAAUUACUGAUCUUUAAAAUAUAAACUUUUAAGUUGUUA